AUGGCUUGGGAGGCGGAAUUCAGAAAAGGCAUCAACGAGUACAAGGCUACGCGCUAUCAGCAAUCGCUCACCCACCUCACCAAGGCGCACCUGGGCGGCACGCGAUAUAACAUCUUCGAUUCCCGUGCAGCUGUCCACGAAAAGCUGAAGAACACGAAAAACGCGUUACUUGACGCGAAAAGGGUCAUCGAACUUGCGCCCCAAAGAUGGCAAGGUUAUUACCGCUCGGCGCGUCUCUUCUUUGCAGUCGGCAAAUACGAACACGCGCUGAAGAUGAUCGACUGCGCACUUGCUCGCAUCGAUGUGACGGACACAAAACGGCGCCAGGAACUCGAGCUCCUUGGGCAGAAUGCUGCGAACGCACUGGAGAACGCCCGCAGGCAUACCUCGCGAAUCACCUGUCAUCUCGCCAAACUGCCCUUUGAACUUCUCGUCGAGAUAUUCUCCGUUCUGCUGGAAGAAAAUCCACAACGCAUUUUAGUCUUUGCUUCAGUUUGCAUGCACUGGAGGGACGUCGCAUUAAACGCACCUGUUCUCUGGGGUGCGCUCGUCUUAACGGCGCGCAAUCCAUCAAAGAAAAUCCAGCUGUGGAAGGAGCGAUCAAGAGGUAGAAUCUUCUCGGUCGUCGUCCGAGACGAUGCUUUCCCCGAAACGCCCAAACCCUGUUAUGAUCGCCUCGACGGGCAGAAUCUCCGAUCCUUGGAAUUCUGUGAUGUGUCCAUAUGUCCACCACCAUGGACCACUCGUGCAAUCACGAUCACGGCUCUGCGCACCUUGACCAUACGUGGGCUCACCUUGUUGCGGACGCCGGAUUUAAUCCAGGUGCUCCAUCGAAAUCCAUACAUGGAGACGCUCGUGGUGGAUUUGUCCUCAGGCUCCACCGUAGAUGCUUAUUUUCACGAGGAAGAUGGUCUACUCGUUGAGCUUCCCAACCUCGCUCAUCUUGAAUUGGCCAACGUUCACCUCGGGGCCAUAGAUAUCAUUCGGUGGUUGCGUUUAUCGAAGCUGCAAGUUCUACGGCUCGACGCGAUCCGCGACAUCGUCGACAACUUCUUAUCUUUCCUAACGACCGUUCACGGCACAAACUCGCUCACCACGUUGCGACUUGCGCGGUGCAUAUGGACUGCUGAAGCACUCAAGGCUUUGGUUGCUGCGUGUCCAGACAUGGAGACGCUCGAAGUCACUGCGUUUGCUGGCGAAGACAUCAACAACGUUGUUGAAUCACUAGCCCCUGCAGGCACUUCAGAAGUCAGGUUGUCCCGAUGGCCAUUACUCAAAAACCUCGACUUCUCCGGCAAUCCGAGAUUGAGGACAGGACCACUCAUCAAGCUCGUCAAGGCUCGCCUUCCUCUAACCUCCCAAAAUGGUAGCAGUACAGAGAAUUCGACAUCGAGAACCUGCGACAUUACCCCCAUUCAAUCGUUGAACGUGAAUGGAUGCGAUAGGAUAGAGGCGGAAUCACUCCCCUGGUUCAGAAGCGUCGUGAAAGCAUUCAGCUGUGUAUAUAUGACAAGGAAGCAAGCCAAACGUGUUCGCUGA